GCCGCUGCUGCUGCUGCUGCAUUGGGCUGAGGUUUGAGGCCACUCUCGGUGUCUGCAUUGUUCUCUCACUCGCCCUCUCAGCGCACGUCACAGAGCCGGGCUAGGGGGAGAUGAAAGGCUUGUCGCCUCACUCCAUCUGACACCAGCAGCCCGGUCAAGGGGAAACAGGGGAGGAGGAAGAACUAUGGACAACAACGAGAAGACGGGCGGCAGCGCCCCUAACAUCCCCCACAUGGCCGGCAACCAGACCCCUGGCCCCAGACACCAGCCCAGGUUGAGUCCUGGCAGUGCUGCUGUAUGUGAUUCCAGCACAUCCCCAGACGGGACCUGCCCCUACCCUGGGGCGUCCUCGGCCUCCGGUGGAGUCACAUGCCUUUACGUUUCCAGAAGCAGCAGCAGAUCACGAUUAACUGAUGAAUCACAUGACUGUAAUGAAGAUGAUGAGAUGUUACCCUUGGUGGCUCAGUCCGACUCGGAUGAUUCUGAUACCCCAUCAAAUGUCUGUCACAGUGUAUCUCAGAUCAAAAAACACCCACUGGAACGAUUCGAUACAAUGAUGCCAGUGCUGGAUUCUGAUGAAGUGUGUUCCACUAGUGGCAGCGAGACUGCAAUCUGCCCCAUGCCAGAAGAAGAAGAUGGUACCUCAAUUGUACCUCAAUUGGACAAUUCAGUGAAGUCCGAUACAAGUAAUCAGAGGUCGAGGUUGCAAGACUCCAAUGUGGAUGAUUCUGAUCUUAGCCAGGACAUGUCAGAGGAAUUUCUCCUAAGCCAAGACUCGCUGAACUUUAUUCCACCUCCAACGUAUCGCAGACGGGUCAGAACAAAGGCAAGGAGACGCGCUUCCCUGCCGAGUGCGAAAUCCCGAAUACCCACUUUCUCAGGUUCACGUCGUACUACGGCUCAGGACAUAGAACAGUACGUCACAGGUCCUUCUGUCAAGCAUGCCCAAGUACGGUUUGUUCCUGAGACCUCGGGCGUUCAGGUUUUCCCUAACAUCCUGAAUCUCAAGACCGUUGGGGGCGCAUCAUGCAAAAUGGAAAAAGAGCAUAAGCCCACUGUCAGCAAGAAAACAGGGCCAAUGGGAAGGAGGUCGAUGUCAGACGUCCAAAGUCCAGCUCCAAGACCAGCAAUGCGGAAGCCUAUUCCAAAUGUGGCGAAUGGUGACUCACCCAAGCAACUGGGCCCAGAUGCAUCAUGCAAACAGAGAAAAGUGCAUAAGCUCAAUGUCAGCAAGAACACAGCGGCAAUGGGAAGGAGGUUGAUGUCAGGCGUCCAAAGUCCAGCUCCAAGACCAGCAAUGCAGCAGCCUAUUACAAAUGUGCCGAAUGUUUCGUCUGCGCCCGACCUGCCGUUCUGUCUAAACACGCCUUCUCCGGCGGCAGUAACGUGUCCAAGUGAUAUUGGCAGCAGCACUGACCAGCCAUGCAGUGCAGAUGCAUCAUGCAGGCAGAGAAAAGUGUGUGAGCUCAAUGUCAGCAAGAACACAGCGCCAAUGAGAAGAAGGUUGAUGUCAGGCGUCCAAAGUCCAGCUCCAAGACCAGCAAUGCGGCAGCCUAUUACAAAUGUGCCGAAUGUUUCGUCUGUGUUCGUCGUGCCGUUCUGUCUCCACAAGCCUCCUCCAGCGGCAGGAACGUGUCCAACUGAUAUUGGCAGCAGUACUUACCAGCCAUGCAGUGCAGGCGCAUCAAGCAGACAGAGAAAAGUGCAUAAGCUCACUGUCAACAAGAACACAGCGCCAAUGAGAGAGAGGUUGAUGUCAGGCGUCGAAUGUCCAGCUCCAAGACCAGCAAUGUGUCAGCCUAUUACAAAUGUGCCGAAUGUUUCGUCUGCACUCGCCGUGCCGAAUUAUCUUCACAAGCCUUCUCCGGCGGCAGGAACGUGUCUAACUGAUAUUGGCAGCAGUACUGACCAGCUAUGCAGUGCAGCUCCAAGACCAGCAAUGCGGCAGCCUAUUACAAAUGUGCCGAAUGUUUCGUCAGCGUCCGACCUGCCGUUCUGUCUCCACACGCCUUCUCUGGCAGCACGAACUAGUCCAAGUGAAAUUGGCAGCAGUACUGACCAGCUAUGCAGUGCAGAUGAUAGUCUUCAGAGUCUGGGGUCAGCUGCUCCACCUCUGCACGUGAGGAUCACGCCACAUCAGGCCCAGCUGUCUCAAUGUGCAGGUGUACUAGCACCAAGACCGUUUUCCGGACAGCGGAAGUCUUCUCUGAGACGUCCUGCAGCAGGUAGAUCAGCGGCAAUCCCGUUUUCUAGACAUCAGAAGUCUUCUAUGAGACGUCCUGCAGGACAAAGAGCCAGAAGACGCAACCUCAAGAGAAGAGGAUCAUCGAUGAUACAACUACCAGGAAUUCGUGUGUCAAGACCGGAAUGCCGGACCGCAGGUAGAUCAGCACCCAUCCAGUUUUCUAGACAGCAGAAGUCUUCUCUGAGACGUCCUGCAGGUAAAUCAGCGCCAAUCCCGUUUUCUGGACAGCAGAAGUCUUCUCUGAAUCUUCCUGCAGCAGGUAGAUCAGCGGCAAUCCCGUUUUCUGGACAGCAGAAGUCUUCUCUGAAUCUUCCUGCAGCAGGUAGAUCAGCGUCAAUCCUGUUUUCUGGACAGCAGAAGUCUUCUCUGAGACGUCCUGCAGCAGGUACAUCAGCGGCAAUCCCGUUUUCUAGACAUCAGAAGUCUUCUAUGAGACGUCGUGCAGGACAAAGAGCCAGAAGACGCAACCUCAAGAGAAGAGGAUCAUCGGUGCUACAACAUCCAGGAAUUCGUGUGUCAAGAACGGAAUGCCGGACCGGACAAAGAGCCAGAAGACGCAACCUCAAGAGAAGAGGAUCAUCGAUGCUACAACUACCAGGAAUUCGUGUGUCAAGACCGGAAUGCCGGACCAGUACGGUUGAUAGGCCCACUCUCCCAAACGAAGGCGGCUCCAAAACGAAGGCGGCUUCUGAAGACGACACCUCACUACGAGUUAUUGGAGAAAUUGCCUUCCAGCUAGAUCGUAGGAUCCUGUUGUAUGUCUUCCACACAGGAAUCCGGAUGUAUGGAUACAGAGUGCUGAACAUCUCCCAGAUCACUCAGAAGUGUAAACAUCCUGCGGAGCAGGAUGCAAUGAACCAUCGCUACCGAGAACUAAUACAGAACCUGGGAAACUUUGGCUAUAGCAUCCAAAAGCACGCCAGAUUUGCAGAGGAUAUUGUCAACACCUUUGGAUUCCUGAAGGAGAAGCCUCUGUGCCCGACUUUAUUAACCACCUACAAUGAUGUACAGUAUCUGCAGAAAAUCAUUCAUGAGAACGCUCCACACAAUUUGGUGCUUGACCUCAUGGUGCUACUUAAUUGCUUGGCGGACAUGUCAAGGAAAGAUGGGAAACCACUGUUCAUUUGGUAGAAACUAUAGUGCAAGAUAACAAGUGGCAGACAGAGCAAACAAAUCACAACCACACAUUGUAAAGUCAAUAAAACUGGCACAUGCUAAUCUGUAAUCAAACUUGAAAGUUAUCAUGUUCAGUUUUAUCCUCAACCAAAGUUAUUUUUGGUUGAUGUUUGUUAUUGGGAAUUGACCUGAUGAUAAGAUAGGAAAGGUUUAGAGGGAUAUGGGCCAAAUAAGGGCAGGUGGGACAAGUAUAGGUGGACAUCUAGGUUGACAUGGGCAAGUUGCGCGGAAGGGCCUGUUUUUGUGCUGAAUGCGUCUAUGACAUAGUGAACCCCAACCGUUGUGGCAAAUAACCCCUUCCCUGUUUCCUAUGAAGUGCCCCUCCGUUGACUCAUGGGUGUGCAGUCUUUGCCUCCACUUGCCCACCUUUCCCACUACCUCCUGUUCAGUGGGCCGGUAACAUUCUAUAUUGCAUUCUGCAACAUGCAAGGCAAUGGAAUGGCCACCAGGAGUGGCCAAUUUGUCAGCUCUUAAGAAAUACAAUGAGGCGAUAUCACCCCAAUGGAAGGGCAUUCGGCACGGGGAAUCCUGUUGUCAUUCCUGGAAAAGAUGGGAGAAAGAAGGGGCUGUCUGCCUGACAAGUAGCCAUCAUCUUCACUCAAGGGAGUUAGAUGUGGCCCUUGUGGCUAAAGGGAUCAGGAGGUAUGGAGAGAAGGCAGGUACAGGAUACUGAGUUGGAUGAUCAGCCAUGAUCAUAUUGAAUGGCGGUGCAGGCUCGAAGGGCCGAAUGGCCUACUCCUGCACCUAGUUUCUAUGUUUCUAACACGCACCUUCUCACCUCCAACUAUGUAAAUCUGAUGUGGAGAGUCGUCUGACUUCCAAGCUCAUGCACCUCUUCCCACUGUGUGUUGAAUGGAAGUCUUGUAUUUCUGUUGCACUUUAAAGCUGACCUUCCACCCUCUGUCACUCCCGAAAAAAAAGCCUGUUUCAUUUCAAAACGCAUUGAUAGUUUACGAUUAUUUAAAUGGUAAAUGUAGCUUCAGAAGCGUUUUCAUUUUGCAUGUUAAAACCCACCUGAGAACCAUGGGAGAUUUUGCAAUUUUACUGAGGGAUUUUUCACUUUUAAAACUUUUCAUAUAACAAAUGAAUAAAGAUAAAAAAGUCAAUAAUGCCUUACUUUUGAUAAAAAUGCAGCGAGCAAACGCGAUAAUUCCCGAUAUUUUGGAUCUUUAAAUCUCCACGGCAAAUGUCCGCUGGUCAUUUCCGCUGGAUUUGCACCUUCAGCUCCCUCUUGAAUUUACCUUAGUUUCUAUCUUUUUUUUGGACUGUAAAUUUAGGUAGCUGUGCCUCACGGUCACCCCAACUGGAACAGUAAAUUGCUGCUCAAAAACUGGCUGUUUUCGAUGUUUUUAACGGGUGUGAAAGUGCGUGUUUUCCCAUUCACUAACAUGUACCGGAUGUAUAGCAUGUACUCCACUUCAAAUUUUCAGUCACGUGGGUGCGGAUCUACGCUCCAAUGACCUUUCGUGAAAUCACCCUAUUCCCAAAUGUCUUUGUCAUGCGUUAACCAAGGUUUCCCUUCCACAGUUGGUAGAGCUCUCUACCAUAUCAAUCUCACUUCCUGCAUUUCUGCUUGUUCAUUCCCGCCCCAAUCAGAGUAAGAAUAUGGUUCCUCGUGUCCUCACCAGCUACGUUGAUGUCAGACCUCCCUUUAUUUUCUGCGAUUACAUUUGAAUUUCGCCCUACAGUUUUUAAACUCUUCUAGGUGUGCCUCUUGUACAAACUUGCUGUUCAGCAUGAGUUGUUUUUUUUUGUAUUAUCCUGUCCUGAGUGAACCUUAAUCAUGUUCUAGAUGUGGCAAUCCCACCUGUUUUUUUUGUGGGCAUGUUUAACUUAAACCUUUUGAAUCUCCAUUUUAAAUGCUUCUGGAUUGCUCUGAACCUGAUUUCCCUUCAUUUUUUCCAGUGUAUUUUUGUUCAAUUGCAUUUGGAUGAGUAACAUUGGUUACCUACUGUAUUUUCAGUGCUUUACCUCUAUUUCACCGUUAUCUUCUUUCAUAACUCCGCUCAAUCUAACGGAAUAGUGGUGACUACCAUAAAAUACCACAAUUUAAUGUUCCAAAACUGAAUCCAAAAUCGCAUCUGUUUGUGGCUUCAAUUCUUGUCAGUCUUGUUGGGUCUUGGUUAUAAACUUUUCCUGAAGCUGUGUUGGAAUUCUGCAUUCUUUGUAGAUAGACCAUAAUCCCAGUCACAUCAUGGGCAUCAAAACUAUAACUGUCCUAAUAUUGUUACAUGUUAGAAAUUUAUCUGUGUUUUCAGUGGACACUAAAGAUUAAUUCCAUGCGUUGCCAUGGAAAAGCCAGGAAUUAAAAGUAGAGCAGAUGUAGAAUAGACAGGUUAAUAGACAAAUAAAUAGUUAAAGUUCAAAGGAGAUGCACAGAGGAUGGUAGAUGCCUGGAAUGUGCUGCUAGGAUGGCGAUAGAAGCUAAUACAAUAGUAGUAAUUGACAGAUACAUGACUAUGCAGAUAAUGGAGG